GGGUUCAAACUGGUUAUAUAUGGAGGGCACAGUAACAUUACAAGGCGGGGCACAAAACGGUUCUCUUGACCCCCAACUUAUAUCUAGCAUCUUCUCAUAUCACAAUACAUUCAUUUCUACGACAUUAAAUAUUUUCGAUACUUCCCUCCUCGUCACAAUGGCAGAUUUCGGCCUUGCAAAAGGUCAGGGUUACAUGUUAGACCGCACCCACGCCGCAGCAUGUCGUCUGAACCUGCAAUUCUACCUCUGGAAAGACGCGAUAGGAUUCAACAUCCACCCAUCAAUCCCAAUAUCCAAGAGUUGCAUCAUCGCAGAUGUUGCUGCUGGUACCGGGGCAGUAAGUUACUAUUCUAUCUCUUCAACUUCUUUAUUUCAUCUCCAACGAUGAUAUGACGUAUGCUGAUUCAUCGUAGUGGCUUUUAGAUGUCGCUAGAACCCUUCCAAAUGCGAUGUUGGAGGGCUUCGAUAAUGAUCUUUCUCAAGCACCGCAUGAGAAGUGGCUUCCUUCGAAUACAUCCAUGCGUCAUUGGGAUAUCUUUAAAGAUUUACCUGAGGAUUUGGUGGGGAGGUUUGAUUUUGUUCAUGUGCGGUUGUUGGUUAUGGUCGUUGAGGGUCGACCAGAGGGUGUCAUUCGAAAUCUGCUUAGAAUGCUGAAACUGGGUGAGUCUACUUUUCAAUUUUCCAAUUAGAAGUGGUAUACAAUGCCAGCAGUAUAAGACAAAACUUUCGGGCUCAGUGUCUGAUUUGUCUACUCAUAGAGGGAUAUCUCCAAUGGGACGAGCUCGAUUGUGUCAACAUGCGAGUCAAGAAAGUAGAUCCAGCCAUCCAAACACCAGCACUCGACCAGUUGGUGAAAAUGUCCUACGCUAACGGCAGAUACAACUGGACCCUCGAACUACCAAAACUCAUGACUGAAGAAGGCUUUCUCGAUGUGACAAUGGAGCAUUUCGAUGACAAACCUGAGUUGGUAAGAGCCUUUAACGAGCAGCAUCUCUUGACCAUGGAGGAAUUCGCUCUCAAGUUAUUGAAGAUGGGGAAAGAAGAUGCGGCGGGUAAGUUCUUUGAGUUGAUCAAGGAUGCGUAUCAAGAGGCUGUUGCUGGUGCGGCUUUUUGUAUUCCGAGGAUUGUAUGUGUUGGUCGGAAGGGAGGGUGAUUGAUGGUGCUUUCGAUGAUAUAACGAC